AAAGCAGCCACUCUCGUCAGAGGCAAGGUCCGUUCAGUGGAGCGUCACUGAGGCAUGGGCGGCACGGCUCAGACAGACCUUCUGAACGAGCUGAUGCUGUCUGAGGAAAUGGGGACUUAUUGAGCCCAGUGCUGCUCCUGUCGGUGGGAUUCCUCGGGGAGCGGUUCCGAGUUGUGGGAAUCAUGAUCCAGGUCUGAAGGAGCUGUAAUUCCUGGGAAGACCAGUGAGAUUCCAGGGAAUGAGCGUGCUCUGUCCAGCCAGAGAUGAUGAAAUCACCUCUCUCCGCUCUAGUUAGUCCGAUCCUGCUCCUCUUCAUCAGCGGCACCCCGCUGGGCUCGGGAUGGGUCGCCGUGGGACCUGUGGGUGACGCCCAUCCAGGGUGGCAGAGGCUGCUGGACGAGGGCGACGGUUGCCCGGACUGUGAGGCGGAGCUAUGCACGCCUCCCCGCGGCUGCCUGGCCGGGCUGGUGCAGGACCCCUGCGGCUGUUGCUGGGAAUGUGCCAACAUCGAGGGGCAGCCGUGUGACCUGGACAACACCAACCACUUCUACGGGCAGUGCGGGGAGAACUUGGAAUGCCGGCUGGAGCUGGCCGGCCUGAAAGAAGGGGAGAUCCCCGAGCCCCAGUGUGUAUGUCGCUCCAACCAGGCCGUGUGUGGUUCCAACGGCCAGACCUACCCCCACAUCUGCCGCUUCCAGGAAGUAGCUAGAGCCAACCAGACAGUCAACCUCAGCCUGGCUCAUGAGGGCCCCUGCGAGGCAGUCCCACAGAUCAUCUCCCCUCCAUUCAGCAUUUGGAAUACCACCGGAGAGGACGUCAUCUUUGGCUGUGAGAUCUUUGCCUAUCCAAUGGCUGCCAUCGAGUGGCGGAAGGAGGGGCUGGAGAGCUUCCUGCCGGGGGACGACCCCCAGAUCUCUGUGCAGUUCCGAGGAGGUCCAAUGAAAUACGAGGUGACGGGCUGGCUGCAGAUCCAGGGAAUCCGCACUUCGGAUUCGGGAACGUACCGCUGCUGUGCUCGAAACAGACUGGGGGAGGUCUCGGCAGCUGCCAGUCUGACGGUGGUCUCACCAGAUCAGCUGGGUGAGCUGGACACUCCGUGGAGACAAGCCCAGCCGCUGGUGGAUGAUUACUCUGAUAUGGACGACUAUUACUGAUGGCUAAACCGAGGCCAGCAGGGAGCAAUAAUGCUCGACUGGGAGGGAGCAAUGGUUAUAAUAAAGUCUGUUGGUGUUAACCAAA